CCAGCGGAAGGCAGCGCUUCCCCCUUCGAAGACGGCGUGAGCCGCCGUCGCCCCAAGUUCCGUGGAGCUCGGGAGUUCGGAGCGGAGGCGCCCGCAUCCCACACCUCGCUAAACACUUCCUGGAGAUCGCUCCGACCGGGAUGGGCGGCAGGACCUGGCUGCCGUUCCCAGUGCUCUUCCUGGCCGCUCUGCCCCCAGCGCUGCUGCGGGGGGCGGCCGGCUUCAAGCCCUCCUUGGACAGCGACUUCACCUUCACGCUCCCGGCCGGCCAGAAGGAGUGCUUCUACCAGCCCAUGCCCCUAAAGGCCUCGCUGGAGAUCGAAUACCAGGUUUUAGAUGGAGCAGGAUUAGAUAUUGAUUUCCAUCUUACCUCCCCAGAGGGCAGAACCUUAGUUUUUGAGCAAAGAAAAUCAGAUGGUGUUCACACUGUGGAGACUGAAGUUGGUGACUACAUGUUCUGCUUUGACAAUACAUUUAGCACCAUUUCUGAGAAGGUAAUUUUUUUUGAACUGAUCCUGGAUAACAUGGGAGAAGAAGCUCAGGAACAAGAAGACUGGAAAAGAUAUAUCCCUGACACGGAUGUGCUGGAAAUGAAGCUGGAGGACAUCCUGGAGUCCAUCAACAGCAUCAAGUCCAGACUGAGCAAAAGUGGUCAGAUACAAACUCUGCUUAGAGCAUUUGAAGCUCGUGAUCGAAACAUACAAGAAAGCAACUUUGACAGAGUCAACUUCUGGUCCGUGGUGAACCUGACGGUCAUGGUGGUGGUGUCGGGUGUUCAGGUUUACAUGCUGAAAAGUCUGUUUGAAGAUAAGAGGAAAAGUAGAACUUAAAACUCCAGCAUAGAUUACUUAACAUUGGAAAAAAAGAGGUAGAAAAUUCUAAUACACUGUUACAGUCAAGAUCAUUAGUAGUCAUUCCCAUAACAUUUUCAGAAAUUAAGUAUAAGAUAUGUAAAAUUUACUAUGGAAAAUCAUUGUAUAUCCAGAUAACUUUAUUGACCCACUUAUACACUUAAGUGUAUAUAACAGGAUAUCAUAUAUAAUUUAGAUUUGAUUGGAGCAAUUAACAUUUUUUAGGUUUAAAAAUCUCUCCCAAAUAUGUAUAAAUUAAGUAAAUGAACAGUAUUCAUAAACACACCACCAGUUUGCUUUUACACAGAACUUUCUCUAUUUUGUACCAGCCAAUUUACAAUUUAUCAAGUUUGCAAAUCAUUUGAGGAUUAUAUAAUUAUGGACUAACCAUUACAUCUUUCCAAAAAAGGUAACUAUAUGUAUACCACUGAAAUGAUAUUUUUAAAAUUUUUCUUUUUUUUUUUUUUAGUUUUUUUUUUCAA